AUGGAAGGCAACAAGCCCACAACAGUAAUGUGUACAGUGCUAGCCAUUGACCAUUCCAAUCUUUCUUACAGAGCCUGCUCCCUCUGCGAGAGAACUCUUCCCGACACUCCUAAUUCUAUCUGCAGAUUCUGUAACAGCUUCAAUCCCUCUUCUUCUUCUUCUUCUUCUUCUUCUAAGCGCCUCUUUCGCCUCCUUGUUUCAAUAGCCACUGAUACCAAGGUGCUUAAUGUCAUAUGCUUUGAUAGAGCUGCUAGAAUCUUGUUUGGAUGCUCUGCUGAUGAGUUUUUUGACUUCGCCAAGAUUCACCCUUUUGCUGCUGCCAAUGCUGGAUUAAUUCUAGAAGGAGAGAUGUUUAAGAUGACACUGUCAAAGCCAAAGAAUGGUAAUGCACAGCACUUGCGAGCAGUCUCAGUUUUGCCUUUGAGGACUGGUUUCCAGCCAGCAAUUGUGAGCUUGAGGGAAUUGUAUGGGGUAAGAGCAAGUUCUUGAUUCUUCUCUCAAUUCUUUCAUGUAAAGGUUUUGUCAAGUUGGCAGCUGAAGACAAGUGAAGUUGGUCAUGAUGAUGAGAAGCUGCAUAUGCGAAAGGCGAAGAAAUGGAGAGAGAAAGAAACAAACACAGAAACCUGUAAGAUAAAGUUGAUGCCAUAAUAAUAUUGUUUUCUUGAGCUUUUGAUAGUUUUAUGAGUUUGGAUCUUGAUGGGUUUAUAUAGGGUUGAUCAGGCAAGUUUGUGUGGGAAAGAGAGUAUUAAACUAAUUACUUUUUCUUUUCCUUUAUGUAAUGUCAAGGAAUGUCGUUUCAUUGGUUA